AUGGAGAUGGUCCUCAUCUUCACCUUCUGCCUGAUUCUAGCUGGUACUGAUGCUGUAACUACAGAAACUGGAUACAGAGGACGAUCAGUUCAGAUUAAAUGUCCCUACACAUCUGGAUAUGAAAAGAACAACAAGUAUCUCUGCAGAGGCAAUUGUCUUGUCCCCGGUUUUAAAGACAUUCCUGUUGAAUCUAAAUCUCCUGCUAAAGACUCCAGAUUCUCUCUGUAUGACGACACAACAGCCAAAGUCUUCACCGUCACCAUCACUGAUCUGAGACCAGAGGAUGAAGGAACUUACUGGUGUGUGAUAGAUCAGACAGGGCGUGAUAUUUACACAGAGAUUAUACUGCUGGUUAAAACAGAUCCUCCUCCCAUCAGUACUGUCUCACACACCACACACACCACACACACCACUUUAACACACUCCAUGAGUACAUCAGUGCGUGCUGAGAACACACACUCAACAACAGUUAAUCUACUAAAUGAUGCUACCCACCCAACCACCACUCCAUCAUCUCAAGACUUUCCAAUGUCCACCAUCAUCAUUGCUGUGUCUGUGGUUCUAGCGCUGCUUCUCAUUGUCCUGUUAUUUACUCUCGCCCUUCAGAGGAAAAACAAGACCAGAGCCUCAUCCCCAGCCCAACCUGCACAAAGCUCCUCAAACCACAAUGUGGUUCCACAUCCUGAUUGUGUUUAUGAGGAGAUUAAGGACAACAUAAGUCUUACUAACACACUUUACUCCACUGCUCUGACUCCCACAAACCCCUCUGAGAUUUAUUCUGACCCUGAAUUACCCACAAUUCACUCUGACUCAUCAGUCAGCGCUGCUCCACCAUCGGGUGUGAAAUCUGGUGAAAGUCUAACGUACGCAGCAGUGAGUUUUAACACAGAUUCUACAGCAGUGAUCUACAAUCACGAGAGCAACUUAUGUGAAUAUGCUACUGUUAAUGACACUAAAUGUGGCUAG